AUGGCGACGAAACCAGCAGAUGUGGAAACACCCGAGAAGAAGGGUUUGGCGGCAAAGACUAACACCAAGAAGUCCUGGCCGUUGUGGAAGAAGCUGACUCUCAUCGGCGCAGCCCUCGUCAUCAUCACGGCGCUGGCAGUUGGACUCGGUGUUGGCCUCACACGGGGGAAAGGGGGUGACGACGACAACAACAGCAACUCAGAUUCGGACACCAGCGACGACGACGACUCUGCCCUCAAGGCCCGUGGGAAAACAUGGCAGCCCAAGGUCGGCUCCCCAUGGCAGAUCGUCCUCCUCAAGCCCAUCAAGCUCAACGACGACGGGACCGCCGACGACCUGAAGCCCAACGUGGGUAUCUACGACCUUGACCUCUAUGACAACGACGCAGAAACCUUUGCGGCACUUCGCAAAGCUGGUAAGAAGAUCAUCUGCUACUUUAGUGCCGGCUCGUGGGAGAACUGGCGCGACGACAAGAACCAGUUUAAGAAGUCGGACCUGGGCAAGACGCUUGACGGAUGGCCCGAUGAGAAGUGGCUCAACUUGAGGAGCCAGAAUGUACGCAAUAUCAUGAAGAAGCGUAUUAAGCUUGCUGCGCAAAAGGGUUGUGAUGCUAUCGACCCUGAUAAUGUGGACGGCUAUCAAAACGACAACGGCCUCAAACUCACCGAAGAAGACUCGAUCUCAUACAUAAAGUUCCUCUCUAAGGAAGCAGCCAAAUACAACAUGUCGACCGGCCUCAAAAACGCCGGAGACAUCAUUAAAUCAGUCCUGCCCUACGUCGCCUUCUCCGUCAACGAGCAGUGCAUCCAGUACAGCGAGUGCGAGACCUUUGCCGCCUUCAUCAAGGCCAAGAAGCCCGUCUUCAACAUCGAGUAUCCCAAGGGCGCGCCCAAGGUCAAGGAUGCUGAUCGACAGAGGAUUUGCUCGCAGUCGGGCAAGGCAAAGGGGUCCAAGGACUUUAGCAAGGUCAUCAAGAAGAUGAAUCUUGAUGGUUGGGUCAUGUAUUGUCCCAACGAUACAUACACAACUGCGACGGAGGAUUGA